AUGGCAGCAACAGCAAACGGAAGCUCGAAUGGAGCUAAUGGAGCUCAUACAGGGGCUGCAGCCGCAAAGGCAGGCCCAUUCUCUGCAAAGUAUUCGGACUUCCUCUCUCGUGUUAGCAACUUCAGCAUCAUUGAGAGCACUCUAAGAGAGGGAGAACAGUUUGCCAAUGCCUUCUUUGACCAAGAAACCAAAAUCAAGAUUGCCAGGGCUCUAGAUGACUUUGGCGUCGAAUACAUUGAACUGACAUCUCCUGCUGCCUCCGAACAAUCAAGAGCUGAUGUCGAGGCUAUUUGCAAGCUGGGCUUGAAGGCAAAAAUUCUUACACACAUCCGAUGUCAUAUGGACGAUGCCAGGAUUGCUGUAGAAACUGGUGUAGAUGGUCUGGACGUUGUCAUUGGCACUUCAAACUUGCUUCGCACUCACUCGCAUGGAAAGAACAUGGAACGAGUCACUGAACAGGCCAUCGAAGUCAUUAACUUUAUCAAAUCCAAGGGUGUAGAAGUCCGAUUCUCCUCAGAAGACUCAUUCCGAAGUGACUUGGUAGACUUGCUAUCCAUUUACCGUGUAGUAGACAAGUUAGGCGUCAAUCGUGUUGGUAUUGCCGAUACUGUAGGUUGUGCAAACCCUCGUCAAGUAUAUGAACUAGUUAGGACUUUACGAGGUGUCGUCUCUUGUGAUAUCGAAUGUCACUUUCACAAUGAUACUGGUUGUUCUAUUGCCAAUGCCUACGCUGCCUUGGAAGCUGGUGCCACACAUAUUGAUACUUCUGUCUUGGGUAUUGGUGAACGAAAUGGUAUUACUCCUCUUGGCGGUCUUGUCGCUCGUAUGUAUGCUGCAGACAAGGACUAUGUCAAGGCCAAAUACCGUCUGGAAAAGCUAAGAGAAAUCGAGAACUUGGUCGCUGAAGCCGUCCAGAUUCAAGUUCCCUUCAAUAAUUAUAUUACUGGUUACUGUGCCUUCACCCAUAAAGCUGGUAUCCACGCAAAAGCUAUUUUGGCCAACCCAAGUACAUAUGAAAUUUUAAAUCCAGAAGAUUUUGGAAUGACUCGGUACGUGUCAAUAGGACACAGGUUGACUGGCUGGAAUGCAGUCAAGAGCCGUGUCAUGCAAUUAGGAUUGAUCUUGACCGAUGAAGAAGUAAAGGAAGUUACUGCUCAAAUCAAGGCUGCUGCUGAUGUCAAGCCUCUUGGUAUUGAAGAAGUUGACACCUUCUUACGACGAUUCCAUACCGAUAUGCAAUUGAAGCGAACAAAUUCACCUAUGGUCUCGAGCGGUGUCGCUCAUUAA